UGCAAUUUAAUAGAAACGAACAUGCUUUAAGAGAGCUCAAGUCCUCUCACACUCGCGCACGAAACUCAUAGUCAUAGCCCUCGGCCUAGUGUCAAGCGAAGCGGAUUUCGAGUGUCCUUCAAGGAUCCGGAGAAACUGAAUAAUGGGUUUGAAGGAGGAUUUUGAGGAGCAUGCCGAGAAAGCUAAGACCUUACCGGAGAAUACUACCAAUGAAAACAAGCUUAUUCUGUAUGGACUUUUCAAGCAAGCCACAGUUGGACCAGUGAACACUAGUCGCCCAGGUAUCUUCAACAUGAGGGAUAGAGCAAAGUGGGAUGCAUGGAAGGCUGUUGAAGGAAAAUCAAAAGAGGAAGCAAUGGGUGACUAUAUUACCAAAGUGAAACAGUUGCUGGAAGAAGCUGCUGCUUCAGCUUGAUGUUGAAUUUGUGUGUUUCUUCGUCAUGACUUUGUCUGUUCUGUAUGUUUGGAUCGGGUACGAUAGGGUUUAGUGGGCAUGUCUUUACUAUUGGACACCAAUGGUUUUGCGUUCCAAGGCUUCUUGUGGCUAAAUUUAUGACUCUACUAAGUGAAUUUCCGUCCUGGAUUAUGAGUUCAUCAGAGUUUCAUUUUGUUACCUCAA